GAACGAACUGUGUUGUGCAGCUGUAGCAAAGCGGUUUGGUCUCUAAUCACUGAACCCAUUAAUAAACCCGAACCUCUGCUGGUCCCUGUUUAUUUCUACCUGUGAUGAACUCUGACCUCGUGAGGCUCCAGCUCGCUGCUGCCCCCUGUUGCUCCGGCUGAUUACAUUAAAGCUUUUUCUCCAUUAAUGACAAACAGACUUGUUGACUUGUCUAUGACUUGGUGAGGUACAAACAGUCCAAUGAAGGCAGGAAAAAAGAACAAAACGACAAGAACAGAACAGGAAGGCAAAUUAUAAAAAUAGUGCAGGAUUUUAAACAAAAGAAAACCAGAGAUCAUUCAUGAUGGAGCCUCUGCAGCUGUACACCAGAACCGGGCCUCAGAACCGUUCUAGCGGUUCAUCAUAAUGGUCAGACCGGAGCCAUAAUGGUCAAACUGCGGAGUUUAACGUCUUCAUAAAAAGCAAUAAAUACAGUGACGAGGCUGUCAGGUGAAUCAGAGGCUGUUGUUGCAGGCAGUGACCAGCAGGGGGCGAAGAGUCGCCUGCGGUCUGUCUGAACAACAGCAGCAGAAGAAGCGGCAGCAGCGCAGAUUAGCCUGUUAGCUUGGAGGCUAAAUUCGCUGCUAUGAAGCUUCUUUUGUGAGACGGUGCGCUGCCGGCGAUGGCUGUGAUCGAAGGCGUGGGGGACGAGGUGACGCUGCUGUUCGGCUCGCUGCUGCUGCUGAUGGUGCUGCUGCUCGCCUGGGUCUCCACCCGCACCCGCGAGCCCCUGGAGCAGCUGUUCCCGGGCCACGCCCUCUCCCCACAGGACACGCCCCUCUCCUCCACCGCCUCUGUGGGUGAUGGUGCUCCGUCCGAGGCCCCGCCUACUGGCCCCUCCCUCCAGGAGGAGGCGGAGCGCGAGGCGGGAGACGGGGCGAGGCGGCGGGGAGCAGAGCGGAGCAUGGUGCUCCGCCUGAAGUUCCUCAACGACACGGAGAGAACGGCCCAGGUCCAACCGCACGACACCAUUGGCUACAUCAAACGAACCUACUUUGCGGGUCAGGAGCAGCAGGUGCGUCUCAUCUACCAGGGCCAGCUGCUGCAGGACGACGCCCAGACGCUGGCCUCGCUCAACCUGGCCCAUAACUGCGUCCUGCACUGCCACAUCUCCCAGAGCGCGCCGCCCGGGGCGGCGGGGGUCCCCCGGCCCGCCGACCAGGUCCAGGUGGCGCUGAACGUCGGCAGCCUGAUGGUCCCGCUGCUGGUUCUGAUGCUGUCCGUGCUGUGGUACUGUCAGAUCCAGUACCGGCAGUUCUUCACGGCGCCGGCCACCGCCUCGCUGGUCGGCAUCACCAUCUUCCUCAGCCUGGUGGCCUUCGGCGUCUACCGCCGCUAGCUGCUCUCUGAUUGGCCCGCUGCCGUGGGCCUGCACAUUCUGUUGCCAUGGAGACGUGGAGCACGACAAGGACUCUGAUCUUUAUUUUUUUAGCCGACGUUUCUCUGUAACUUCUCAUCACUGUGCCUCAGUUCCUCCUGUCCGCUCUAAUCCAGAAUAAAUCACUAAUUUAUCCCGCUGA